UGUAUUGCAUUACAAUGGAAUUUCCGGAGACUGGCAAACACUGUUCAGUAAAGGACUGCAAAUUGUUAGACUUCUUGCCAUUUGUAUGCGAACAUUGUCAAGUCACUUUCUGUAAAGAACACUUCAAUAUGAUAUCACACGAAUGUAUAAAAACAGAGAAUACAAAAAAUGCUAUAGAACAAUUGGCAAGCUUUCCAUGCUCUAAGGAGUCUUGUAAAGAAGUAUCACCAGUUGAGAUGCCUUGUAUCAAGUGUAAACAACAUUUUUGUGUGACACAUAGGCAUCAUGGAUGCUUGGAAUUGAGUGAAACAGAGAAGACUCAGAAACUAAAGAAAUGGCAGAUACCAAAGAAACAGUUUGCAGAAGCAAAAGCUAUAGUUGAUCAACAAAUAGAGGACAGUCUAAAGAAAUCCAAAAAUACAACACUGGCAAAUAAAGUACAACUCAUGCGUGUGAAAUGUUCUGCGAUUGGUCCGAAAAAUAUACCAACAAGCGAGAGAAGUUAUUUCCUUGUGCAUUUGCCACUUACAAUUAAAAAUAAACAUUUCGGCACAUCGAAAGGUGCUUUCGUCAACAUGCAUUGGACGAUUGGCAAAUGUAUAGAUUCAAUGGCGGAUACACUUAAAGUACCCAACAAUAACAAUACAACAACCACAAACAAAUUAAAACUCUUUCGUCAUUCUACCGGAAAUCUGAUAUGCAACACAAUGGAUACACCUUUAACAAAAUUAUUUGAAGACUCUGUUAUUUUUGACGGAGAGCGAGUUAUCUUGGAAUAUUCUGAUAAUGUACCUAAUGAUAUAAUAGAUUCAUCUUUGUAUAAAUAAAUAUUGUAUGUAUAAAU